AUGAACACCCAGUCCACGCCCCAGCCCACCGUGGUUGAGGACGCCGCAUCAAAGGAAAUCGAGGCAUUGACGAACACCGUGGCUGCUGGUAGGCUAACUUUUUCAACCAGGAAACCAGAAGAAACGUUUUCGAGCGUCACUUUCGACCUCGAAUCUCGGAUCUCAGAUCGUGUCAAGGCAAAGAUUUGGGCGAACGAAAAUGUAGAUUUUGGUUCACUCCUCACAGUGUCCCCGGACGAGUCAAAGUAUCGUAUAUCUGUCACGGAUGAUCACGAUCACCCUAGUCUUUGCCUUGAGCACGUUAAACCAAAGCGGCGUAGCUUGACUAUCGACCAAUGGCUGACCGCGUCUAAUGUAUUUGUGGCUGUUUAUACAAUUAAGACUCCUAGUGCGAUAAGCUCCCUAAAGAAGUAUUGUGAGGUGGUUCGGGACAUCGCAGCAAAGCAAGGUAAUUGGCGUUAUUAUGACGAACAAUAG